CGUUAGCGGGGUUCCCCCUCCUCCUCGUCUCUCGUCAGCUUGUUCGUUCCGUGGCCUACAACAACUGUUUUCUUUUGGCGGAUGCGUUUUUCUAGCUGAAAAUGUCGACCCGCAAGAGAUAAAGGGCCGAAUUUAGCGACGCCGCGGCUUGCUGCCAGCAUAGACCCUCGAAGGGACGACUGAGCCAGGAAGGCCAUGCUGUGAAGCUGCAGAGAUGCACGCGUCAGGACGAAGAAGAGAUUUAAUGUUGCAGGGCGACGAGCCGCCGUUCCUCACGGAGGGCACGGAGGUCAGCGCCAAGUACAAAGGCGCCUUCUGCGAGGCAAAGGUGCGCAAGGUGGUCCACUCCGUCAAAUGCAGGGUCACCCUGAAAGGCGGGGGAACCACGGUCGUCCAGGACGACCAGAUUAAAGGAGUUCUUUUGACGGGUGCAAACGUCGAAGUGAAACUGCCGGACAAAAAGGAUUUCGUGGAGGCGACGAUCGUGAAAAUCCAGGACUGCAGCCAGUACACGGUGGUGUUCGACGACGGCGACAUCACCACCCUGCGCCGGACGGCCCUCUGCCUCAAGAGCGGCCGCCACUUUGCCGAGGGCGACACGCUCGACAAACUACCCCUCACCCACCCCGAGCACUUCAGCAACCCCGUCGUGCACCACCGCAGGGGCAGACGCAGCAGACAAGCACAUGAUGACAGCUUGGACGAGGAGAGCUCGAACAAGGGCAAGAAACGCGAGGAGCGCGAAGUGGACAUCCGGAAGGUGGUGUGCGUCGAGGUUGGCGACAAGAAGAAGGUCAAGGACAACUGGUUUCCGGGCCUGGUGGUCGAGCCGACCGCGCAGGACACGGUCAAGAUCAACGUCAAGGACGAAUACCUCGUCCGAUCCUUCAAGGAUGGCAGAUAUUACACGGUGCCGAAGAAGGAGGCGUCUGUUUACACGAAAGCCAUUGGGGAGAAAGUGGAGAACCACAGUUUGAAGGCGGCCAUUGAAAAGGCGGAAUUGUUCAUGGCGAAAGACGAGCUGCCGCCGCACUGGGACCGCGACCUGCUCUUCGGCAUCGAAGGCUCCGAUGACACCGACUCGGAAGGAUCUGAUUCGGAGUGUGAGAAGCAGGAGGAUAAAGACCAGUUUGUGGCCAAGCUGUUCACCUUCAUGGAGGACUUUGGUUCUCCGAUUAACAAUGCUCCGACAAUUUAUGACGAGGACGUCGACCUGCACAAACUGUUCAAAGUGGUGGAAAGACUUGGCGGCUACAACAAAGUGACCGGCCAAAACCAGUGGAAGGUGGUAACGCAAAAGCUCAACUUCAUCAACGUGACCACCAACACCACCUCAGCCAAUCUUGUCAAGAAUCUGUACAAAAAGUAUUUACACGGCUUUGAAGACUUCAACCGGAAGCUAGGGUGCACGAUGCAGAGUUCGCCGAUCAGCAAGUCUCGUCGGCGGACGGGCGGCCGCAGCAUCAUCCGCGAGAGGGACCGCUCGACGCCCAUCCCGAAGCCACUCCCUGCCGAAAAAGAAAAGCCAGUGGCGCGCUCGCCGACCCCCAAAGUUGCCGAGAAGAAGACAACCGAGAAAAAGGCGAAAAAAUCCGCCUCCGCUGCGGCGUCGACGGACGGCGAGUCGAGCAGCAAGAAAGCUCGCAGCGAGCGGCUGCAGAACCGCAAGGACGACGCCGGCAGCAAGAAGCGGCUGUGGAAGGACGACAGCCAGUCGGACACGGAAGGCGCCGGGCCCUCCUCGGCCGCCCCUGCGGCGCCGGCAGCGGCGCCAGUGGUGGUGAAAGCCGAGCCGCCGGCCCUGACGCCCGAGCCCAAGGUGGUGGCCAAGCGGAAGGUCGAGACGGAGGAGAGCUCGGACGACGACGAGCAAAAGGACAAACGCGACAAGAGAAUCAAGACCAGGACCACUGAGGAAGAGAGCAAGAAAAAGAGUGGGACUCCGGACAGGAAAAGCUCCGACGGCCCUCCGGUGCGUGAGGAAAAGAAAGUGCCGGCCAAGCCGAAGUCAAAGGACGGAGACGACUCGAGCAGCUCCACGAGCACCCCCAGUACAGCGAAUGUGGCCAAGAAGCGCGGCAGGAAGCGGAAGGAGAGCGAGAAAGUCGAAGAACUCGCGUGCCUGUCCAGUGAUAUUCAAGUUCAAGUUGGUGAUAAAUUGAAGGUGUACUACGGACCUCAAGAGGAAUCCAAAGUCACCUACGAAGCUAAGGUGAUUGAAGUGGACUCAGCUCAAGAUUUGUACAUGGUGCACUACACUGGCUGGAACACGCGUUACGAUGAGUGGGUGCCCAGGGCCAGGAUCGCCAGCAACCUCAGCUGGACGCCCGCCAGGGCCAAACGCACCGGCCGCCCCUCCACAAACGCCAGUCCCCUGAACAAGGUCCGUGGAAAAAUUUAUAAGAGAGCACGAAAGAGUCUGCAAAAGCAAACGAGCGUGGGAUCGUCGUCUGCGGGACCAGGACGUCCGAGCCGCGCGGGCAAGGAGAGUUCAACGCGGUCAACGACGCCGUCCUCCGUGACGUCGUCGUCGAGCAGGACCAAGUCUCCGGCGGCGGGCCAGAGCAGCCGGGCGCAGCGCGCAGUCAAGCGGUCCGAGCGGCAGAAGCGGCCUCGCCGCACCUCCGGCGGCGACGACAAGUACUCGGACAGCGAGUCGGACGAAUCCGACGAGGAAGAGGACUCGGCGCCGCCGCCCACGCCCCGCGGCGCCAGGCUCCGCAGGGACUCCACCCCCAGGGUCAAGAAGAUCAAGGAGGAGCCUGAGGAGGAGGAGGAGGACGACGAGGAUGAUGAGGCCAAGGAGUCAGAUGCCGAGGAACGGAAGGAAAAAGAUAAAGGCUCGGAAGAGGACGACGAGCAAGGAAAGGGUCGCGACUUCAAUUUGAGCCAGCUGCGUUCGGAAAUGCGCGGCUUCGACAAGGCCGUCAAGUCCUCGGAAGCGUCGUCCUCGACGGACGCCCCUUGCGAGCCGCAGCCGCAGGAAUCCACGCCCCCGAAGUCUGAGCCGGGCGAACUCUUCUCGCUGGACGACGACGACAUCUACGAGUUCAAAGAGCCAGAGCCGUUCAAGCCGGAGACGCGCCUCAAACUGUCCGAUGAGAAGCUGAAGAAGUCGCCGGCGACCCCGACGACGCCGAAGGGCCGCAAGAAGAAGGAGUCGACCAGCAGCAUCGACCUGCCCGAGCCGGAGAAGCAGCAGCGGGGCCGCCGUGCCGCCCCCAAACCCUCCGAAGACUCGCUCGACUGGUCCGCCGGCAGCGCCGACUCCUUCAAAAGCCUCAGCCCUUCCUACGAGGCCCCCGCGGCCGCCUCCGGCGCCGCCCCCGCCGCCUCUGGGUCCGGAAGAAAGCAGAUCUACGCCUCUACUGAUUUGUUUGGCGAUCCGCACUCUGGGCAGGAGGACGACGACCUCCCCGCCGCCGACGCCGCCUGCUCUUCACCACUGCCCUUCGAACUUGACUCUUCGCAGGACAGUAAAAAGGAUGAGGCUGCGUUGAAAGAGGAGCGGCCGGAGGUGGAGGGUGAGGAGGAGAAGGGCCGCAAGGACUCGGUCCACGAGACGAUCGAGCGCGUGGUGCAGCAGAGCGGCGACGAGCCCAAGAAGCCGUCAGCCGAUCCUGCCGUCCCCGCCGCCUCCAGCUCCGCCUCCGCCUCCUCCUCCGUUGCUGCAGCUACGAGUGCGGCCCCGGAGCCCGCCCUCCCUGCCAAGCUGACCCUGCUCAAGGCUGUGCCCAUCGCGGAAGUCAAGAACCUGACCAAGGACGCUCACAUUGUUACUGCCGGUAAAAUUAAGGUUGAAGACUUGAAAAAGACUGCGCUGAUGGCCGGCAAAGGCGGCCAGAUCUCUUUUCUGGUGCAAACGGUGGCGAAGCGGCCGGAGCCGUGCGUUCCUAAUGCAGAGGAGAAAAAACCGGCGGAUCCUCCGCCCCCGCAGCAGCCGCCUCCGCCGCCCCCGCCGCCGCAGGUGGUCAACACGAAGCCGCUGCAGAGCUGGAAGUCGAGCUCGCGCGAGUUGUGCAAGUCGCUGCGCAAGGAGCCGCGCAAGAAGGCGCUCAAGAAGACGGUCAGCAAGGAGUUCAUCGACGACGACGACUCCAGCUCCGAUUCGGACAGCAGCGAGGAGCUCAAGCUGGUCAUCGACCGUCUCGAGGAGUCCGGACAGGACACCAGCGACUCUGAUGCGAGCAAGAAACACCAGCAGAGGCAGGAAGAGGAGGAGAGCAGUCUGAAUUCCCUUCUGUGCGAGGAGACGAUACCCGGGAGUCCGGUGCCGGGCGAGGAGCCGAAGAAGGCGAGUCAGGAGGCAGCAACCGCGGCGGCUGCGGCGGCGACGCCCAAGGUGCGGGAGCUGCCCUUCGCCAGCGUGGUGGCCGGCGGCAGCGACGAGGGCCCGUCCACCUCCGCCUCCAAGCCGUCGGCGGCCAACCAGUCACCGGGGGGCGCCGACGAGAAGCACCGGGAGGAGAGCGACGCCGCCACCGUCAUGCAAAACACGCCGCCCACCACCCCCGACACGUCCGCCUCCGCAUCCCCCUCCAGAGACCAAAACGAGCGAUCUCCGAAGCAGGACAGCGGCAAGUCGGAGCAGGAGCUGUCCGAAUUGGAGCUGGACAGCCCGACGGACGGCAAUAAAGGCGAGAGCGAGGACUCCCUGCUCAACGUGGACGUCGGCUGCGAAAGUCCGAGCGGAAACAAAGGCAAAUCCGGCGGUGCUGCGGCCAAGAAGGCGGCCGCCGCGGCCAAGGACGGCCUCGACGGCAAAAAGCCCAAGCGCCGCAGCCGCAAGGAGGUCGAGCCGCCAGCCCCGAAACGCGCCAGGUACUCUGGCGGCCGGGCGGCCGCCAGGAAUCUCGGCGAGUCGUUGCACGAGGUGCGGCGCCGCCUCAAGCGGUCCGAGGAGGCGCAGAUGUCGGCCGACGCCGCCAGCGACAGCGACGACAACGCCGCCGACAACACCAACCUCAUGAGCAUCAGCAUCGCCAACACCGACAAUCUGCUUGCCAACCAACCCUCCAGGCCUUCCAGAUACAACUUCUACGCUGAGCUAGAUCCGACAAUGGAGGGCAGCCAGCGGAUAACCCUGCUGCAGACGCGGAUGCAGGAGCUGCGCAAGACCUACAUGAACGUGAAGGCGGAACUCGCGUUCAUCGACCGGCGGCGGAAGAAGCUGCGACGCAAGGAGCGCGAGGGAAAGUCUGCGGCGGGCAAGGCUGAGGUGUGGUGCGCCACGUGACCUGCGAGGCACGCAAUUUUCUCGAGCAACAGGGCCGGACACUCGUUCGAAUACCUAAAAUGAGGAGUGAUUUUACAAAGUAGUGUUAGUGAGCAACAGCAACUCCAACGACAACAUCUUUUCAGAGCAUUUUUUAGCCGAGAAUGCUGCAUUUAAAUCGACUCAACAUAUCAGGCGUUGCUUCCUGAUUUCGUCACCCGCGAUUUUAUUUUAUUAUUUUUCCCCCCGACUUUCUCGAGCGAAGGAAAAAGAAUUCAGCUGUAGAAAGUGUACGAUCUUUUUUAACCCUUAGUUUUGGCACCCGUUGCGAUGGAUAAUAUUACUGAAACGCUGUCAACAAUGCCCUGACAGAUGCUACGCAGCAAAAACAAAUUCGUAGUAAUAAUGUAUUGUGUGUACUUUACAACAUUGCAAGUACGAUGAAAAGUAAUUAAAAUGUUAUUGCAUACAAUCA